AUGGGUUGUCGGAGGUCAGCGGGCAACGCGCAGGGCCAACAGGGUCGCGUAAAACGCUUGGGCGGGGACAAGGCUGCGCUAUCACUAACCCGUCGCUCCGAUCAUCACCAGACGACCAACACGACAGAGCAAUACACGCCCGAACGUCACGCUGUCGCCGAAACAACGUCCUGCGAUUUCGACGCGAUCUGGAAGUUUUGUCCUUUUGGCCGACUAGACCGGCACGUCAGAUGGGCAGAGUCGCGUGAGGAUUGCUCAGGCUGUCCGGCUUGCUGA